GCUGCAGUCACUCAUUUCACCAUGUCGGCCCAAGCUGCGUCAAUUCCGUCUAUCGACUCUCGCGACACUGUUGCGUCGGCCGCGAAGGCCACCGAGACGGCUUCGAAACCCAAGCCGUGCUGUGUGUGCAAGGACGAGAAGGCCCGGCGCGACGACUGUAUGCUUUUCUCGACUGCCGCAGAUCCACAAAAGGACUGCCAGUCGACAAUAGAACAGUACCGGAGCUGCAUGGCAGGGUUUGGAUUCAAAGUAUAAGGGCUGCAGCAGAAGUGCUGGGUUGAGGCGGUAUGACUAUGGAUGUAUAACACACGACACCGGCGUUCCUUGUACCACUAGGAGAAACAGGCAUAGACUUGGCUUUUGGGGCAAAAAAAAGGGCAUUUCCUCUCUUACCAGGCAAUAUCUCUGCAUGGUGAAGCCCGUCUUCUCUCCGAUACAGAUACAGCGAGAUUUUUCCUCCAUGCCUUAUCCGAACUCCGGCAAAGCCACCGAGACACCAUAACAAGCAACCAGCCAACCAAACCGGGGUAUCUCUCUUCCGUCUCCCAGUGAACCCCGAACUCCAAAAAGGACAAUGCAGCAACACAAGCAAAAGCUUAACCCAGCAUCACCACAGCCGCUGCCAAAUCAAUCAGGCCUCCGCUUUCUCCCCCUCGCCAACCCCCUUCUUCAACUUCUCCAGCAACCCAGCCAUGCCCUCCCGCCGCCCCUC